AUGUCCACAUAUCAAACUCAUCCGCAUCCCUCCUCUCUUAAUCUCCCACCUAUUAUGCUGAGGAAAAUCGAAGUUACGACCCAGGAUCAAACACAAAAACAAAAAUUCCGAUUUGUACAAUCGGAUACUAAGGCAGAUAUCAGAGACGAGCUCGCAAAAGAAUUCAAUAUGGACAGAUUCUCUUUAGUGGAUCCUGAUGGUAACAUCAUCACCGGAACUUUCGAUUCCCUGGAAGACACGAAGAAUUACAUUAUUGUUGAUCGUACGAGAGUGCACACGCCAGUUAGUAGUACUUUUGCGGAAACUGAAACUUCACCACAACCCGUAAAAAGAGAGACUGAGGAUGAAGCUAAUCCUCGACGAGGGAAAAGAAAACCGUCCUGGAUGGAAAUAGGACGUCGACACAUACCUUUUGCAAAAAAAAGAGCUAGUACUACUACAUCUGCUGCAUCAGAUUUUUCAAAUCCCUCCAGAUCUAACAGUGCCAACGCGGAACCCCGAAGAGUUACAUUGCCUGUGAGCACCUUCAAGAUUGAUCCUCAGACAGAACAGUCUAGUACGUCAAUGCCGCCGCAAAUUGAGAGUAGCAAUAGCAGCGGCGGCAAGGUUCCUAAAAUUUCAAGAACGCAGCAAGUAUGCGCGAGAUGCAAAAAGUUGAAGAGGAAAUGUGAUCGCGGGAGGCCUUGUGAAAGAUGCAAAAAAUCGGCCGUCGAAUGCACUUAUCCAGGUGACGAAUGUUUAUAG